GGUGCAAGACUGGUGGUGCCCAUAGAUUUGAAGAAGAAGCCACGAGAACAGAACUUCCCCUUCACAAACGAUGGCACCCAGACAUACCCCCAGUUGCAGAGGUCAAAGUUGGAGAGGUUUUCAGGGUUAAGAAGGUGGAUUGCAGUGGUGGUGGCAUUACCAAGGAGUACACUGCUGAAGAUAUCAAACAUGCUGACAUCUCUACUGUGAGUUUAUUUACCUUAUCUUCUAGGUCACUGUCAGCAUAUACUGAACUACUAAGCACACUUGGUAAGCACAAAACAUAA